AUGAAGCUGAUAAAUAAGAAGUUUGAUGAGAUUUUAAACAAAUUUGAGUAUAUUGAAAGAAAUUACAGCAAUUUAUAUAACAAUGCCAUUCAGAGUGAUGAGAUAUCUGUUUCUGAAGUCAUUAAUGAAAUUGAAAAUAAUAUAGAAAACCAAUCGAAUGAUUUAGAAGAUAUCAUAACUAAUUUUGCUUCAAAAUUAAAUCUUGAAGAUAAAAACAUUGAAAAGCAGCUAGAAAAUCAGCAACAAGAAUUCCAAUGCUUCAUUAAUAAACUCAUAAGAAAAUGUAACGGUAUCUUUCAAGGUUUUUUAAUUAAGGACAAUAUUAAUUAUGCAGAUAAUGACCAAUGCUUCAUCAUUGAACAGAAUAUAGACCAGCUUUAUACUCAGUUAAGAAAUCUCCAAAAUUAUUCUGAAAAUUUAAAACAAGAAAAUAAGCAUCUUAAAGAAGAAAAUGAAUCAUUAAAGCUCAAAAUAGAAGAUUCCGAAAAUAAUUAUAACUGUAAUACAGCUGAUACUUGCAGAAAAAGAGUAAAAACUUCAGAUAGAUGAACUCCAAAUAGCAGUGUUUUUGAUUCUGAUUCAAUAUAUCAUUUUACAAAUAAUUCGAAGUUUUUGAAUAAGCUAAAUAUUAAUUUAGGUGAGACCAAUAUCAUAGAAUUAAAUGUACCCGAAAAAUUGUCAUACUCUACAGCAUAUUGUCUACUUCCUGAUGAUAAAAUAUUUUGCUAUGGAAAUUAUAGAGAAGAUGGCAGAUAUUCUGGAAUUGCUUUUAUUAUAAACAAAGACUAUAGCGUAGACAUACUUGAAGCUUUUGCUCCUUGUGCACAUUCAGGUUGUGCAUAUUUUAAUGGUUAUGUAUUUGUUUUUGGAGGGAAAAAUAGUCAUGGCGAUUUAAAUAUUGCAGCAAAAUAUUCCCUAAAAGAUAGGAUUUGGGAAAGAUUGCGAAACCUUCCAGUUCCUUCUCAUGGAUGCUCAGUUGCUCACUUUAAUAAAGAUUUUUAUAUAUCAGGAAUUAAUCAUACAACCAUAUAUGCAUAUAAUUUAGAAAAUAAUGCUUAUGCUGAAAGAGAUAUAAAGUUCCAAGUUGGAGUACCAAGGAUCAUAUGCUGUUUUACAUUUGUAAUUACAAUUUGUGACUCUAAUAAUAAUCGCUAUAUAUCAAGAGAUGGGAGAAAUUGAAAAGAUAAAAAAGUAUCAGGAUUUCCAAAUAUAAUUCCUUCAUCAUAUAAAAUCCGAUAUAAAGAGCUGUUGUAUUUUUGCUGUGAAAAUUCUUAUUACAAAUACAAUCCAAAAGCAAAGGAUAAAAUCAAGCAAAUAGCAAAAUUAAUUUAUUAA